AUGUUAGCUUUGUUGAUAAUAUUUGCGGUGUCAGUCAUGGCGAUGCAAGAGGAUCAAUGGGACCCGGUGAAAAACCACAUGCUGGAAUUUAAGGAGAACACAGAUGGACCUAUAGGCAUGUUGACUUCAAGCGGUGGCGCGCCUAUCCCAUAUUGUGAAGCUACCAACUCCUUAAACAACCGGUUAAUUAAUAACGAGUUCUUUAUGGAUGCGAUAACUCAUGUUAACAGAGAAAGAAUACCUGAACGCGUUGUUCAUGCAAAAGGCACUGGAGCAUUCGGUUACUUUGAAGUAACACAUGAUAUUUCAAACAUAUGUAAGGCUGAUUUUCUGAAUGACGUGGGAAAGAAGACACCAAUUGCAGUGAGAUUCUCAACAACUCAAGGAAGUCGGGGUAGUUCUGACUUAAACCGCGAGGUUAAAGGCUUUUCAAUAAAGUUUUAUACAGAAGAAGGAAAUUUAGAUUUAAUUGGUUUUAACACUCCGAUGUAUACGUUUAAAGACCCCAUUCGUUUCCCUAAUUUCGUCCAUGCCACAGGAAGAAAUCCAGGUACAUUCCUUUUUGAUCGUUCAACAUUUUGGGACGUAAUAACUUUAAAUCCAGAGUCGAUGUUUUUGUUUUUACGUGUAUUCUCCGAUUAUGGUAUACCUGCUAGCUAUGUUAACAUGCCUGGUUUCCCAAUUCAUACGUUUCAGGUUGUGAAUAAAAACAGGGAGAUCCAUUUUGUCAGAUUUCACAUUUUACCGGAUGCUGGUAUUAAAAACUUAAUGUCAGCGGAAGCUAGAAAUAUUAGCAGCUUCGACCCUGAUUAUGUAUCGAGAAAUUUAUAUCAACAAAUCGGCAAAGGCGAAUUUCCGUCCUGGACGGUCAGUGUACAAAUUUUAUCCAAGGCAGACGUAAAGAGAAUGGGAUACAAAGCAUUUGAAGUUUCAAGAGUUAUUCCUACUAAAGAUUUUCCAUUACAUCCUAUAGGUAAAAUCGUUCUGGAUAAAAAUUUUAACAAUUUCCACGCUCAAAUCGAGCAGCUGGCCUUUUGUCCGUCAAAUUUAGUACCUGGUAUUUUAGGAGGGCCAGAUAUAAUGUAUGAAUCGCGUCGCUUUGCCUAUCGGGAUGCACAGUCGUACCGCUUGGGAGGAAACUUUAAGAAAAUUCCUGUUAAUUGUCCGUUUCAAACAAAUACCUAUACUAUUAAUAGAGACGGCGUAGGACCAGUUGGUAGUAAUGAAGAAGACGUUCCUAGCUACUAUCCCAAUUCGUUUAAUGGUCCUGAACCCAAUAGUGAAAGUCAUUGUUCGAGUUUAAUCAAAAUAUAUGAGGAGAAAGCAUACAAUUUUGAUCAAGCUGCAGAAUUUUAUGCCAACGAACUGACAUCAGACGAAAAAACUCGUUUAAUCGAAAAUUUGGUCUUUGAGUUGCAACCUGCUGUUAAGAUGAUUCAGGAAAAAACUAUAAAACUCUUAACAACUAUUCACCCUGACUUGGGGAAUCGAGUGGCAAAACAAAUGAAUCUCUCAUGA